UAAUACGAGAUAUUGUGAUCUUUAGUACACUGGAAGUAAAUAUUGUACAAAUCAACGAAAGUUAUGUAGGAGUAUAUAUAUGGAUUUAAAAAAAAGUGGUUUGUUUCAAUUUGUAAAGAGCUCUAAGGGUAGAGAGUGAUUGGAUUUCCUGGUGAAUUUUGUGCAAUGGAUGAUGAAGCUCCUGUGAUCUAUGGAUUAGAGUUCCAGUCACGAGCACUAACGGCACAGAAAGCAGAGCCAGAAACUGCGAGUUUCCUAGUGGGCACCCAAUCAUUGAAAUUUGACAACCAGGUUCAUCAUCUGACAUAUGAUGAAGAGAACCAUACAGUCACCAAGAACGUUUUUCUGCACACGGCAGGAGAAGUGUGGCAUAUCUCAGCCUCACAUACAAACCCAAGUUUGUUUGCAACUUGCUUCAACAAAAUAUGUAAGCAUGUAUUAUUGUUUGAAAGUUAA